CUGAAAGUUUGCUGUAAGAGGCUGUCUCUGUUCAUACAGGACGCUGCUAAAUCAUUGAUGCGCGCGUCUUCCCUUCACCGGCAAAGGAAAUGAAGAGACUGCAGAAAAAGUACUUGAUUUUAAUCAUCGGGUACUCUGUAGUGCUUCUGUUGAUCCCCUACGUGCUGGAUUACAGUAAAACGGACCCCCGCUUUCAACCUGGACUGCAGAAGCAGAGGUGCCCAGAUUUGGAGAACUCUAUGGGGUUGUGGAAUAUAGAAGAGAAAGCCAGCAACGAAACCGGUAUGUCGGAGGAAAACGGCAACGGAGGCAAGACAAAAACGUUCAUUUAUUUGCAUGCUACCUGGAGGACAGGCUCCUCUUUUUUAGGGGAAUUAUUCAACCAGCAUCCCGAUGUGUUUUAUUUGUACGAGCCGAUGUGGCACAUGUGGCAAACCCUGUACCCCGGGGACGCGGAGAGCCUCCAAGGGGCACUGCGAGACAUGCUUGGCUCGCUUUUCCGAUGCGACUUCUCCGUCUUAAAACUGUACACGGCGACCCAGAACCUCACCACUUCGAGCAUAUUCGGCUGGAAAAAAAACAAGGUGAUCUGUUCGGAGCCUCUGUGCCCCGCGUACAAAAAGGACGAAAUUGGCUUGAUAAACGAGUCGGCUUGCCAGAAGUGUCCGGCGAGGGACAUCAAGUCUCUGGAACGAGAGUGCAGAAAGUACCCCGUCGUCGUCAUCAAAGACGUGCGCGUUCUGGACCUCGGGGUUCUCGUGCCCCUGAUGCAGGACCCCUCUCUCAACCUGCAGGUCAUUCAGCUGUUCCGGGACCCCCGGGCAGUGCACAACUCAAGGCUCAAAUCGAAACAGGCGCUGGUGCGAGAGAGCAUCCAGGUGCUGAGGAGCAAGCAGCGCUCGGACAAACACAAGAGGAUGUUGGUGCCCAACAGGUCGCAGCGCGCUGACAGUUACGUGUCCAGCGCCAUGGAGGUGAUUUGCGAAAGCUGGCUUAAAGACCUUCUGCUCAUCAGGAGUGCACCCCGAUGGGUGACGCGGAAUUACCUUAGUCUCCGCUACGAGGACCUCGUAUUGCAUCCCGUUAAGCAAUUGCAGAGUCUGUUCCGCUUCUCCAACCUCACCCUCUUACCAGCCAUUGAAAACUUUGUGCUCAAUAUGACACGGGGUGAUAAUUACCCUUCGGAUAAACCUUUUCUGAUCUCUUCAAGGGAUGCCAAGGAGGCCAUACAUGCUUGGAGAGAGCGGUUGAGUCUGGAGCAGGUCCGUCAGGUCGAGGCUUAUUGCAGCGAGGUCCUGAGCCUGUUAGUGUAUCAUUAAAUAAACACGGAGACAACAGAAAGACUUCAAAGAAACAAAAGCAAGGAAACUGACAUUGAAAAGAACAAAGUGCACAAGCUACUGUACGUCAUCACUGAUUCACCAUGCCCAGAGGUAGACAGAAGAGAAGAGCAAGUAUAGGACAGCUGGAGAUUGCUCUACUGCCCUACUGCCCUGCACAGCAGCCUGGGGAAAGGAACUUUCAAGUCAAAAUAUUUGCUGUUUUCAAAUCCAGUCCUGGAGGGGCCAACCUACCACAGGUUUAAUAUUGCUGGGCCAGGUAUAUUUAAAAUGAUUAGAUACAGUGUGUGGCUAGAGGAAUAACUGGUUCAAUUCAAACACUUAUGGACUUAAAGACCUGUCCUGGAAUAAGAAAGACUGCCUCCCUCUCCCUCUCUCUGUUUACAGCAACACAACUGUAUGCAGCAUUUCGAUUUUUAUAAUCCUUUCUCUAGCCCUUAAGAGAGGGGGAGGGAAGAUGAUACAGUGCCUGGGGCACAGCUUUAUUCCAUGCAGGUGGCGGUUUUGUCUUUUUUUUUUUUUUUUUUUGCCCAGCACAAGCGAAGCAAGGUUUUAAGUAGAAAAGGGCCAGCCCCCUUUUUUAUGUUUUAAACUUGCUAAAUGUAAAGUCAUUUGACACUAUCGUUGUAGGAAACCAGUAAGCACAGACCAAUGAACCCUUACAGCAGGUAGAGACACCUCACAUUGGACAGUGAGAACUAGGAGCACCGCCGCCACAGCUUGCAAUGGCCCAAUAGUCUGUAACUGUUAUUACUGCAACAGCUGAAUAGAAGCACUGUUUGUCUCAUAUUAAAAGAGCAGAAAGGCAGUAUUUGCCCAAGGGACAGCUCUGAAGGGGCAGAACUGAAAAGCUGUAACCAAUUAAAAUGUGAAGCAAUACAAAAAAUAUUCAUGUGAUCCAGUAAAGUGCUAUUUACAUCCACAAAAAGAAUGACCCCAUUAUUGAAAUGAAGCUGUUAUUCCAUUGUACUGUACCUAGUGUAACACGAAGAGUCUUAUUUCAAAAUAAGAGUUUAGUUUAAUGUUUUAUCCACGAGUAGGAAAGAGUAUAGAACUAGGGUCAGAUUGCUUGUGCUUCCAGAAUCAGCUUUGAAAAACUGGAGAACUGACAUUUCAAGCUGUACAUUUACAUUAGCUGGCCCAAUAAAAGAGUAACACUGUAACAGCAGCAUGUGGGCAGUAUUUCAGAAGAACAUAAGAAAGUUUACAAACGAGAGGAAGCCAUUUGGCCCAUCUUGCUCAUUUGGUUGUUAGUAGCUUAU